AUGGUUCCAAUUUUGAUAAUGGUGAUAUAAAUGGAAUUAACUUAACUGGUGCUUAAUUGUUCAAUUUUAAAUGGAAAAAUCUCAAAAUACAUGAGCAAAAUAAAUUAAAUAUCAGUAAAUUUCUCUCCUAAUACUCUAUCCGUAUAUGGGAUGUUAAGACAGGAGGAUAAAAAGCCAAAUUAGAUGGCCAUGACAAAUGUGUUAAUUCAGUCUGUUUUUUUUCUGAUAGUAAUACAUUAGCAUCUGGUCGUAUUUAUAAGUCAAUUCGUUUAUGGUCAAGAUUUAAAUAACCCAAUUAGAAGGUCAUAUGCUAAUACAGGAUAAUAAAAUGGCAACCUAAAUGGUCGCACUAAAGCUGUUAAUUCAAUUUGUUUCACUCUUGAGAGUGCUAAAUUAGAACCUGAUGGUUCAGAAAAGUCUAUCUUUUAUGGAAUGUUAAAACAAGGUUAUAAAAAGCAAAAUUAGAUGGACAUAUGAGUUAUGUUCAAUCAGUGUUCUUUUCUCCAGAUGGUAUUACUUUAGCAUCAGGUAGUUAAGAUAACUUUGUCCGUAUUUGGGAUGUGUUAACAGUAUAAUAAAAGUUAAAAUAGAUGGUCAAUCAAAUUGGGUUGAAUCAGUCAGUUUCUCUCCAGAUGGUACUAUAUUAGCCUUUUGGAGCUUAGAUAUGUAUAUCCGUCUAUUGGAUGUUAAGUCAGGAGAAUAAAUGGCCAAAUUAGAUAAUCAUACAGAUGGUGUUUAUUGAGUCUGCUCCUCUCCUAAUGGUAAAAAAUUAGCAUCGGUCAGUGGAGAUGAUUCUAUCGGCUUAUGGGAUUUGCAAAAAGCAAAGCAAAUCUAACCUUCAGAUUCAAUUAAAAAGAAAUCCCUACAUAAUUCCCUAGCUUUUAAAACGGCAUUCGUUUAGUAAAUGA